AUGGAUGGGGGUAGCUCAACAAGACAAGGAAGAAAGAUAGCCUACAUUGAUAGAGGUCAUGUAGAAGGACACCAACGUUUGUUCGAUGACUACUUUUUUGAUGAACCAGUGUAUACAAAAUAUCAAUUUCGAAGAAGAUUUAGAAUGCGUAGACAUGUAUUCCUACGCAUAGUGCAAGCUCUAGAAAAUCAUUCAGAGUAUUUCCAUACGAGGUUUGAUGCAGUCGGUAGAAAGGGGCUUUCGCCAUUACAGAAGUGCACCGCUGCUAUGCGAAUGUUGGCAUAUGGAGCGCCUGCCGAUUAUAUUGAUGAGUAUGUUCGAAUUGGUGAAACUACCUUGUAUGAUAUUUUUGGGACCGAAUAUUUAAGACGGCCCAAUGCUGGGGACAUUCAUCGCUUACUUCAAAUGGGGGAGGUGCGUGGUUUUCCAGGUCAAUUCACGCGAGGUGAUCACGGCAGACCAACAAUCAUGCUCGAAGCAGUUACGUCACAAGAUCUUUGGAUAUGGCAUGCAUUUUUUGGUGUUCCAGGAUCCAAUAAUGAUCUCAACGUGUUAAAUCAAUCCUCAAUAUUCACUGAUAUCUUACAAGGGCAAGCUCCGACAGUUGAGUUUACGAUAAAUGGCACACAAUACAACAAGGGGUAUUAUCUAGUAGAUGGUAUCUAUCCAGAGUGGGGUACAUUUGUUAAAACUAUCCAAUUGCCUCAAGGAGAGAAAAGAAAAUUAUUUGCCCGAUGCCAAGAAGCGGCACGCAAAGAUGUUGAGCGAGCAUUCGGAGUACUUCUGUAA